AUGUGGAACAUGAUGUGCGACGUUAUGCCGACAAUCUCGGAAGACAGUAUUAGCCAAAGAAGUUCACAAUUCUCUGGCGAAGAUGCAAAUUUCGAACAGCUCAUGGUGUCUAUGUUAGAUGAAAGAGACAAGUUAAUGGACAGUCUCAGAGAGACUCAGGAACGCUUAGGUGAGACUGAAAUAAAGCUCCAGGAUGUCGAGAAAGAAAGGGACUCCCUCCAUAGACAAAUAGCGGCGAAUCUUCCACAGGUGCCCCAUUUUUGCGGAUACCUCUGGGCUGUGGCCGGCACUGGACUCACGCCACACUUCAAUUUGUGUGCUCAGCCAGUAAAUGGUCCUUCUUUCCGUCUGUAUAUCGUAUAUCCAUUGGUUUAA